AUUCGCUAUGUGCGUUGGGUUGUUUCUGGGUGUGUUGUGUUGGCUGAUUGUUUUGUGUCGGCUGGGCGAGCAUACGACGCAUCCAUUUCUCUAGCGCAAUAUGUAUCUUGGAUUUACGAAGCCCAAAGCAGUCAGCCUGCAGGGGCCCACCCAAAAGAGCCCUCCCAAUCCCAGGGCAGGGCUGGGAGGGGGGGGGUCCCUGCCAGGCUGGGCCCUCGGAGUGGUCCACUCGGGCCCUGCCUGGCGGCGCCGGUUGUCUCUCGGCCCAACGCGGGCGCGGGGACGCCGACCCGAGUAUUCUGUUUGUAGCCGCACGCAGAAAUUUUCUCGCCGCAGCCGCAAGGCACCAAGCCGCGGACGAGGCAACCGAAGGGCACUGCGGGGCCGAUGUCGGCACAGGCAGCAUUGGGGAAGAUCUCGGGAAGGGGCUCGGGAACCGCGGGUAGUGGAGCACGCUCCGAGCACGAAGCUCCUGUGCGUGAGCGCCACGGCACAGGCCUGCGAUGGCAGCAAGAGGGCGCAGCUGGCGGAGAGAGUCGGCCGCCGCGACGCGCCAAUCUGCUGCCCAAGAAGAUGCACCACCACCACCUCCCUCACCACCCCCCCGCCAGGAGAGAGUAUCAGUGGAGGGUAGACUAGGGAGAAAGGUCUGGAGAUGGUGGUGGUGCAUCUAUCCCUGGGAUCCGCAGCGAAGCAGCAGUGCCCGACCGCAGGCCGUCCAGGUGGGGUGCCUGGUGCUGUUCGUGGGCGGCGUGGCCGCCGCCCUCGGGGGCGAGCUGCGGGGGCGGCCGAGGCUGGCCGACGGGGCGCCUGGGGCAAGCGACGCGGAGCACGCCGCGCUGCGCCGCGUCGUGGAGGAAAGCAAGAUGCAGGCGCGCGCGGGCAUGCGCGCCCACCUGCAGGAGUUCCUGGGCGGGCAUCCCCAGGCGCGCUACGAGGAGUGGAUCGCGGACUUCCACCCGGACAACGUGGUCCCGCCUGGGCGCGACUCGCGCGGGCUGCCGAGCAUCGACCGCCGCCACUACCACGAGAGAAGCGACCACCGCAUGAUCUGGAACGAGCACGUGGGCGACCAGAGGCGCCACGUGUCCCAGUUCAGCCUCUGGCUGGCUGAAGAGGCGGAGCGCGCCGCUGCCCGCGCGGAGCUCGGCUGGGCGUGGCCGGCAGACGACGAGCCGGCCCCAGAGGCGGAGAUGGAGGUGCGUGCAGGGCACGACCGACGGUGUGACGCACCCAGACUUGUCCGCGCCGUGAAGAGUUUACGACGGGAUCUGCUUGUCGGUUUUCGGCCUCGGGGGGCCCUCGCUGGGCCCUGGGAUCGUGAAGGGACGAUCCAGGACGAGAAGCUGGCCCUGGGGAACGGGUCGGGACUUCCGCGGACCCCGCGUUGAACAAGUCAAGGCAGUACGCUCGCGCUCCGCCAGGCUCUGGACGAUGUAGACAGCACGAAACAGCUGAUCCUGGCAGGCGGGCUGCCCGUGUCGGUCUUCAACCAGUGGGCCCAGCUGGAGCGGAUGAGGCUCGUGCUGGACGCGGGCGCCCGGCGGCUCUGCAUCAGGGGGUCUGAGGACAGAGCCCACCAGGAUGACGGCGAGUCGGAAGAGUCCUGGGAUGUGGGCAAGAUGCGCAGCAGAACGAAGGGGAAUCCCGCCCUCGGUCCUGACGUCUCCGCCGUCGCCAGAUUGUGCGCUGGCCUUCCAGUUUCGCUUCAGCGAUGAGUUCGACGUUGACGAGGACCGUUUCUUGUGCGUAUUCUUGGACAGCGCGGACACAUCCUUGCUUGUUGCCGAGGCUCUCUCGCAGUUGUGUUCUGUGCCAGUGGUGUUCCCGUGACCGCGGCGCAGCACGGCGAAUUGCUGCAAGCGCGCAAGUUUAAUAUUUUUGCAGAUUUAUCUUGUGCGAGGGGGACGCCGCUGGUAGAGUUGAACCAGACAGAUCAUACGUCAGGCAGGAGUAUGCCCGUCAUUGAACAGAGCCGCGUCGCGCAUAGUAUCUUGUUCAGCUGUUGCGUCACUUGAGCCCGUCGAUGUUUUCCGUCCUGUGCCUCUCACAGCAUGGCCGCGGCUUCGUAUGUCCAGCUCGUGCUCAGCGGCUCUGCCAGGACUGCUGGCCGAGGGAGCGCUCCCGUGGAGACAAGAGCUGUUGCUUCAUUGUCGCGCCCUGAUUCGUCUCUCGGAGGUCGAUUGGCGAAUUGGCCGACUUCGGUUCGCGAGAGGGCGUUGCGGCCGGCAUUUUGCGGGUCCAGGUCCGUCGGAUUCGGUCCUGUGCCGUUUUCACUAAAGGGAGGUUUACUAAAGGGAGGUUUGCCCACCGCCGAGUCUCAGAACUCGUGCAUCGCAAAGGGGCCAGUCAGCUGGGUAAUUUACGGGGGCAGCCUAUCAUUUGAUUUUGCGAGGCGUGCUGUGUUGAAUUGAGAUAAGCAGCACUGAGUCGACAAAGCAGCUCGACGGCAAAUGUAUCUCCAGGGGAGGAUGUCCAGCUGCCUGCGGCAAGUUCCGCCACCGUGCAAGCGCAGAACUCCGUUCGGCGGCGCCCACAGGGCCUGGAC